GGACACGAACGCUGUGUUUGAAUUUCGCAUCUUGUUUGUUUCGGUCCUUCCAGCCACCGCAAAGCCCUCAGCGCACCGCGCGCGCAGCCUCCACACACAGCCGUCGCUACUCCUGGCGGCAGUGCUCUGAUUUUUGCUGCCGAAGCACCACAGACAUGCUCAGCCUCCGUCUGACACAACGCCGCUAAUCUCAUUCGCAAAGCUCGACACCAACAACCCCCAAAAUGCCUGAUGACCUACCCGAUGAACUCCUUUUCUCCGCCGCCUUCCCGCUUCCUUUUCGUGUUCUUAGCCUCGCGGGCUUAGGGAUCCUCGGCUGGGCCGCGAAUGUACACGGCUUGCAUGUGGCAGGCAUCGAUGCUCGCUCCGUACUGGAUCUGGACUCCUACGACCCACGCUAUGGCCGACGCGCUUUGGGGGCGGGCGACCGUCGCGGAACGGGUUGGAAGUACUUCCAGAGCCCAGUUUCUGUCUACCGUCCCGUGUACAGCCUUUUCGUGGCGUAUGCAGCAUGGGUCGCCACAAACUGGCUCCUGUAUAGGUACGCGACGUACGUGGAUCUGGAUCGCGUGGACACGUUCAAGUUCAUCCCCGCCAUCGCUGCCCUCGUGGUCACGAUGGUCCUCGUGUCCCCGUUCAACAUCUUCGAGAAGGCAGAGCGCGAUAGGUUCCUGCACGCGAUACACAGAUGUCUAUUACCCUCUCCACGUCGCGUUCACUUCACCGAAGUCGUGUUCGCCGAUGUUUUCACCUCGUUUGCGAAAGUUCUCGGAGACCUCUGGCUUUCGUUCUGGAUGCUUAUGCCCGGGGGUAGCUUGCUUGUUCUGCCGACACAGGGAGGUCUUGCAAGUUGGAUAAUGCCAACGUUAAUGAGUGUGCCAUACGCCGUUCGCUUCAGACAAUGUCUCAUAGACUAUAGAGCCCCGGGCAAUACUAGCUCAAGGCCGCUGUACAAUGCAUUGAAAUAUGCGACAUCAUUCCCCGUCAUCUAUUUGUCUGCCGCUCAGCGCAUCGUUGUCUCAGAACUGCAAGCCGUCAAAGGCGAUGCCGUCGUGCAUGAAGCAUGGCACGGAGAGCAUGCCUUGUUCCGACUCUGGCUCUUCGCAGCAGUUGUGAACUCCUUAUAUUCAUUCUGGUGGGACGUUACACAUGACUGGGGGUUCGACCUCCUCGUUCCCCGUUCCUUCGCUUCCGAGGGCGCCCCUCGUCGGCCGCAUCGGACAUCCUCACCUCCACGCCCACUCGUGCUCCCUGGCCUGUACUCUCCGGUCGCAAUGCUCACUCCCGGACCCGCUCCUGCCCUCUCCGACUCCUCCAAGGAAUCGCUGCUUCCGCACGAGCGCGAACACCCUGGCUUACGCAGGUCACCAGCCUCAUGGCAUCCGUUCGGUCUGCGACCGAAGCUGCUCUUCCCAUUACCCGUAUACCCAUUCGCCAUCGUAGCCGAUCUCAUACUGCGGUUGACGUGGAGUGCGAAGCUGUCCAGUCAUCUGCACACGUAUACCGACGGCGACUUGGUCAUUUUCUGCUUCGAGCUCGCGGAGGUUGUAAGAAGAUGGAUGUGGGUAUUCAUACGCGUGGAAUGGGAGAUCGUGAAGGAAGGAAAGGAUGGGCACGUGCGCAGUCCCCCUUUGGGCCCGACACUUGGCCUCGGUGACGAAGAUUACGAGAUGGUCGCUGCGAAUCAGAACGGUCAUGACGGACCUGAUGGUUAGUAUUAUAACAAUGCUCGGUGUAGACCGGAACUAUAUAUAUGUGUGUACGCGGGUAAGCUUCGUUCGGCUGUGCCUUGAGCGCAAUGUAGUUUAUUAACAUUCAGAGCCUGCAGAUGCGACUAUAAUGGUAUUUAA